ACACAUACACAUACACAACGCAGCACAACUGAAACAACUCAAUCCGACUCGAUCCUCAAUUUUGUAUCUUUCGUCUUUCCUCAAACGGCGACGCGCGCGCGAACCUAACGGACGUCUCGUCGUUUUAAUUUAAAAACAGCUGGUACUUUUAUCGCAAAUCAAAACCAAACCUAGCACUUGCGUGUCUUUUUGCUGUUACUCUAAGUGAAUGAAUUAGUGAUGGUUUUAUGUGAUGUUCUCAGUGUUAUGAACGUGAAAAAACCUGAAAGUGAUUAAAAACAGGAGGGUUCCAGACUUUCCAAUGAACGUGAGCCAUGUGACCACGAGAACGGAGAACCAACAUUUGUGAUGUGGGUGGUGGCCGCGUUGCUGGCGGCAUCGGCGGCGGCGGUGGCGUCCAUGCCGUGCACGGAGGCCCGCAACCGCUGCAUGUACCGGACCGGAUGCGGCGCCGCGCUCUCCAACUACAUGAUGAUGUGCGAACGAGUGCUCACAACCGACUUGCCCCCCACGGCAUGCCCAAACGAAUGCAGCAACGCUCUUAUCGCGCUCACUUCCACCGAAGAGGGAAAGGAGCUCAUGAGUUGUGAAUGCGAAGACGACUAUUGCAUAGAGGCAAAGGACAGGAUUGACGUGUGUCGGUCACAAGUAAUGAAGGGCGCUUCGGAUGUCAUACCAUCCUGCAGCCUCUCCCAACUAAUAUGCCUGGCCGACGCCCAGUGUUCGACUGCUUUACAAUACUACCAUCAUCUAUGCCGUUCAAUGUUCCGAGGAAGAAAAUGCUCAAAAAAAUGCAUUAACUCCAUUGAAAUUCUAAGGAAACAGGAAAAGGCCGCAGCGUUGACAGUUUGCCAAUGCGACGGCACCGAAGACUACGAUUGCCCUACAAUGCAAGAGAAUCUGGCUAGGUUGUGCUUCCACAAACAUAAGAAUCACACGCGAAGUCAUGACCGACACGGAGAGAAACAUAAGAAAGUCAAUGAAGUAGUUUAUGCGAGUGCUUCCAGUCUCAGUGAUAUAUCGCUGUUGUUAUUCUUGACUUGUAUUCUGAGUGCUUUCUCAUGAUAGUUCAAGAAACACUGCAUCUACAUAGUGUGUUUUUAUAAUAUCUUUAAUUCGUUUAGUGGUGUAGAUAUGUAAAAAAAAAUUGUAUUAUACGACACGUUAGAUAAGUCAAGUUAGAAGCACGUAAUUUUGAUAUUUUCGUUCAUUUAAAGUAUUCAAAGAGGAUUGAGUCUAUCGGAGACGUAGCUGCGCCGCCCACGGCUUGCGCGGGUGUUGCUAUAAAUACGGCGGCGCCGGUGGUCCGUUGACAAAUGCUGGCUUGUUCCCGAUGGCGCCACGCCGAUUGAUCUAGCUGUUCCGGUAACACGUCAUACACGGCAUGUUAAAGAAUUCACCCUAUAUCCAUCCCUUUUAGUAUACCUGAAAUAGUAAGAGACGAAAGCUCUGCGGGAUCAGGGAAGUGUUCUGAAGUAUCGCUGGCUAAUUUUGUAGUGACACUAAUCGUUUUGUGCCGCGGCCCAGUAAACGCUCGCAUAAUACCGCCGCGCUUUGGUGUUCAGUUAUAUUUUCUUGUUUCACAUCCGCUACGAAUGAUGAGUUUAGUAGCUAAUGGCUUCCGUGCUUCACUCGAGUUUCUAUGUUUUUUUUUUCAGUCAAUGAUCAAGAGACGUUAACAUGUUAAAAUUUAUCGAAAUAUAAAAAAUACUGGUGGUUUUCACUGAUGGUAGGGCCUCUUGGGAGUCCGCAGGUACCACCACCCCGCUUAUUUCCGACGUGAAGCAGUAAUGCCUUUCGGUUUGAAGGGUGGGGUGGCCUUUGUAACUAUACUGAGACCUUAGAACUUAUAUCUCGAAGUGGGUGGCGCAUUUACGUUGUAGAUGUCUAUGGGGUCCAGUAACCACUUAACACCACGUGGGCUGUGAGCUCGUCCACCCAUCUAAGCAAUAAAAUAAUAAUAAAAAAAUUUAUUAUAUUAUAAUAACAAAAAAAUUGAUAUGAUUAAAAGAAGAUGCAGAACUAUUUGACAUGUUCGAUUCAGAAAUUUAAAAAAAAAAAACAUCGAUUCUAUCCUGCCUGUGACACGGGGAAAACUACUUAUUACCAAAAUAACAGACGCGAAACGAUCAUAAGAAAUCUUUUAUUCUGUAUUGCCUUCGAUAAUAAGAUAACUUAAGAUCCAAUUGAUGGUACGGUUGCUAGAGGCUGCCACGUGCCAUUUUGUGUCCAUAUAUAAAUAUAUCUUAUUUGGUAUCGGAAAACCGUUCUCGAUACUCUGGUAAUGAAGAGAUUCGAUGUUCCAAACCGGUUUCGUUAGGGCCUCACGGAUAGACACGAUUGCGGCAAACGGUUUUAAAUAUUUAUAACAAACUACCGAGUCUCGGCCGCGCCCCGUUGUCACUAUCCAUAAAAAUGAGGCACGAUCUUAAAUUAUCAAAAGUCUUAACUUAAAAUAUUUAAGACUAGCUAAGCCGCCAGGCUUUGUAGUGCCUCAAUCGAUAAAUAAAAGACCUAAACUGUUGUAUAAAAUAAACUUAAAACAAACAAAAGGAAUCCACCCGACGGGGGACACAUUAAAGAAAAAACAAAAUUGUUAUUGUUAUUUAAUUCCGAGCAUUUUCAUAUUUAUCUAAUCUUUUAAACCUUCCCCGGACUUCCACAAGUAAUUCAAGACCAAAAUUAGCGAAAUCGGUCCAGCCGUUCUCGAGUUUUAGCGAGACUAACGAACAGCAAUUCAUUUUUAUAUAUAGAGAUAAGAUAGAUAUAUAACUCAAUAGUUUCUAGACGAAAAUAAUAGGUUUUAAGAAUUUUCGAUUUGUUUUUAGCUAAACUAUAAAAGAGACAAAUCAUUGUGAAAAUUUACUCUAAGCUAAAAGAAAACGCAACCGGAUAAAUUUUAGUCAAAUCUCGAAAGAGAUAUUGGAAAGUAGCCAGAAAGAUUUGGUUGUAAAAGUAUUUAGUGCCAGAUUCAUUAUACAUACAUCAUAUACUUAUGCUGCCAUACGUAAAAUUUUAAAGAAUAUAAUAUUACUAAUCUAUUUCAAGCCUACGUUUCUUACGAGCCAUAAUAGCCUCGAGUACGUUCAAGAUAGGACCCUUUUUACAAUCCAUUGGAUUCAAUUUUGAACUAAUAUCGUAUUCUAUAUCAAAACUUUUCUAAACUAACUAUUUUUCGUUAAAAGUCUAAAAUAUUGCUUAGAAGCUUAAUUAAUACUUAGAAGUAUGAAUUCUUUAUUUGUCUUGAUUUAAAAGUACCGUUAAGAAGCUCGCGUUGCAAGCUUACGGUUCCCGCUGUACAAGAUAUUAAUUAAACUCCCGCUGAUUGAAUGAUUUUUUUAAUUUUUAUCACGAUUCGUUUUAUACUUUUUCAAUGCUCAUCAGUAAAAAGGUCAUCCGUCAUUUGAACAUAAAACAUUCCCAAAAAGGAAUUAUCGAAAAAUAAACCAAUCGGACAAGUUUUCGGAGCUGUCUUCUUAGAACGGACUUGACACUUGACAGUUGAUUAAAAUAUUCUUAGAAACGUCAAAAGCUCGGACGUGACUAAAAUAUUUUUUUGUUUUUGUUUUUAGUACUAAAAUUUUGAUAGAGUUGUUUUAAAUUUCGACAGACACGAGGUCACGGCCUACCAAAUGAUAAGUGUCACCAUAUAUCAUAGCUACAAAAAUGUAAAUGUCGAUAUCAGACAUAUCUUUUUUUUAAAAGUAAACAAUAAUUUUGAAGGGUGGGUAGUCGUUGUAACUAUACUGAGACCUUAGAGCUCAUAUCUCAAAGUAGGUGGCGGCAUUAUCGAUGUCUAAGGGCUCCGGUGACCACUUAACAGUAGGUGGGCCGUGAGAUCGUCUACCCACCUAAGCAAUAAAAAAAAGUAAUAUGUAUCCGCUAUCUCACUGGUGGCAGAAAUUACAGGAAGGCGGUAAUUAGUAGGCGGACUCGAGCUCUCUGUAACAAAAAUACAGAAGUAUUGAGAAAAAUCUUUAAUUGUUGCGAUGUUAUACCAGCGGGUUGUGACAGCUACAGCGAGACCGCAACACGUUUACUCGUAUGCUUUUCACAUCAUUACUUGUACACACGCUUCUGAAAAAUUUAGUUAUUGCGUAGAUUAGUGAACUAGCUGGUAUACCACCUGGUUUUACAUGAUCGUUGGCGCCCAUAGACAUCAUAACUUUGUUAAAACCUCAAAGUUUGUCAACUGUCAACUAUCUGUCAACUGUCAACGGCACUACCAUAGAGACAGGAACGCCAGCGACACAACAUCCGCUUUCGACUGUUGUAUCGGCGUUCAGUUCAAAAAAAUGUGUGCGUGUACUAGUGUACACACGUAAGAAGUGAAACUUGUUUAUGGCCUUAUUUUUCGAAAAAUGAUCUACAUGCAACUUUCUAGAAAUUGGUUAAAUAAAGUUAAAUUAGAUAAAGUUUAAACAAAAGGAUUUUAUUAUCAUAGACAUGAAUACAAAAAAAUGUGUGCGUGUACUAGUGUACACACGUAAGAAGUGAAACUUCUUUAUGGCCUUAUUUUUCGAAAAAUGAUCUACAUGCAACUUUCUAGAAAUUGGUUAAAUAAAGUUAAAUUAGAUAAAGUUUAAACAAAAGGAUUUUAUUAUCAUAGACAUGAAUACAAAAAAGUUAAAUUAGAUAAAGUUUAAACAAAAGGAUUUUAUUAUCAUAGACAUGAAUACAAAAAAGAUGGCGCGUAACGGAAAAAUGUGACGCGUAACCGAAAAAUGUGACGGUAAAUUUUUUUCCAACGCCGAUAAAGAAGUUUCACUUCAAUAAUACAAUUAUUUCACUUUACCUUUUUGCUACUAAGAUUAUUACAGCAUUUCAUUAAUUGUAAUAGAAUUAUUACUAUCAUUGUCAUUGUCAUUAUAUAUUUUUGUAAUUAAUGGCUUAUGGUAACUGAAAUAUGAAAUAUAUGGUUUACAUUCCACGAAAUUUAGUGACCGAGUAAAAACUCCGUCAAUUGUAGUGCCAGAUCUUGUUGUUGACGUUUGAGGACUGUUUUUCAUGGAUAAAUUCAAUUUAUCUUUCAGAAAUUCAACUAGCUUCAAAGAAUUUUCCGAUGCAAAAUUUACAUUAAAAUCUCCACUUAAAAUCAUCGGUAUUUUAUAAUUAUUGUUACCGAGUAAAGAGGCACCUUCACUUGUGUACGGCAACAAUGAAUGGUGAAGAAAAAGAUGGCGCGUAACGGAAAAAUGUGACGCGUAACCGAAAAAUGUGACGGUAAAUUUUUUUCCAACGCCGAUAAAGAAGUUUCACUUCAAAAAGUAACGUUUUAGAGCAAGUCCACUGACAAAACCUUAGAUUUUACGUCUCUUAAUUUUUAUUUUAAACCAAUUCGUUCCCUACAAUCCCAUCAGCGUUUAUUAUAACGAUCGUAUCAACAUUCAAGCCGGAACGCAUGAUUGCUUAGCGGCAGAAACUAAGUGCUAGAAACACACUGGAUAUUGGUACCUGAAAAGGAUGUUUCACGGAUUAUUACGCUACAUAAUUUCAGCCGAUUUUUUCUUUAUUCGGAACCAAUAAAACUCAUUAACCUAGACUGGUGACAAUUGACAUUCAGUUGCAGACAUCACGCAGCGAACAAUGACAAUAUGCAGGAGUUUAGAGCCUUAAUAAAAACUAUAAAUCACAAAGGCACUAUAAGGUAGCCUCAUAUUAUUCUACCCAUUUAGAUUUGUAUUCAGCUUGCGGAGUUCUUACUUAUGUUUCGUCGCCAAAUCAUGUCGCUGUAAUGCAUUAUGCAACAAUUAGCGUAAUGUGAAGAAUAACAUUUCUAAUACGCUUUUAUUAGCUUGCCAUGUAUGUAAACUUAUUUGUCUGUCUUCAUGUUUAGUUAAUUGAAAUUGAAAAAUCCAAAUUUUUGCGUCUCGCUGGCUUCAAUACGUCUAAUUAACUUGAAACUUUACACACGCCUCAAGAACCGAUGACAAAAUAAUAAUUUUACAACGACGCUCUAAUAUUCUGACAAGUCUUUACAGGAUAAAAAAAAAAGAAAUUAAUUGUUAGCGCGGUUUGAUAUUUUUUUGUUUUUAAACUAUAUACAUAUUUAUUUUAUAUAUGUUAUUCGAAAUAUUUCAAAGCUAGACAAUAGAUUCGUAAUAAUAGAUAACUAAUUUAGGAUUUAAAAAUUUAAAAGUCUUUGGUGCAUUAUUUUAUGAAUGCUUAUAACAUGAAAAAUAAUAAAUAUUUUUUACUAUAGAUGUUCAUCGCUUGUACGUAUAUACUUCUCAUAUUGAUGGUAUAGUUUAAUGUUACCGAAACAAAUUUGAAUAAUUUUUGGUAUUUGUAAUGUUAAUCAUAAGAUUGUAAAUAAGUAAAACAAAGGUAUCGUUAAUUCUAUGUAAUUUUAAGUCGUUCAAAUCGUAGAAAACCAAUAAGCUAAUUAUAUAUAGGUUAUUAUUAUUUAUUUCUUAAUAGAUAUACCUCAAAUUGUAUCGGUUUGUGUAAUUGUGUGUUUGUUAUUCUAUGACUUUUUUAAUUACCUUUAACCAUAAUGUUUUAUGAAAACGCAUUCAUAAAAUCAGAGCAAAAAAGGUUUUUUUUUAGAUUACAUGCCAAUACAUUCCGAGUUGAAUUUGAAAUCGUUUCCAAAAACGAAUGCAUUCGCGAGUGCAGAACAUUUAAAAUUUAUAAGUGAAAUUGCGCUCAAUGUAACACAAAUAAAAUCAACAGGCGCGCUCGGUCAACGGUCUCAUUUCAGGCGGGGAACGUGGUGUCCACGAGUUACCUACCUUCAUUUUAUAUUGCGCGUUCAGAAAAUGUGAAAUUUCAAAACGAUAAGCAGGUAAUGCAUAAGUUAGCAAUUAUUGAAUACUUAAGAAUUAUAAACAUUUAUUUUAGUUUUAAAUCUGAAAAUUAAUCCUUCAAACAUCGUAAUUUUUCUUAAUUUUGCAUAUUAAAAUUCUCGAUAUCGGCGUAAAAUGCUAAAUAUUUUCUUUUACAAGUUUUCCUUUUUUUCUGUCUUGGUGGUAAAUUUAAAUCCGAUUUAUUAAAGAAAAAUGGUUUUGGUAGACAAUUGGAAAUGAUUGCAACUUCGUAGCUCAAUAAAAGUAAUAUCUAUAUCUGUGUAGAACAAUUAAAUAGAGCUUUCACAGUUUAAAUAUUACGUAAUGAAAAAAAAUCGCGAUUAUUACGGUCCGACAUCGAAGCCUCGAAGGCACUGCCGGCCGGGCGUCCUUGGGGCGAGCCUGCGUGUUUGGUUGCAGUGUUGACCGCGGUAACCUUACCCUGCCCGGGUUCUGACUUCCGGGGCUCGGACGCUUUGGCGAGAGUGCAAGGAAAGCAUUUAAUGGGUAAAUCCCUAAAUACCAUCCUUGAGCCCGCGAUUCGCUCCCAACAUCUGCGAAUAGGCCCGUCCCACGUGCCCCGCGCGGGGACUUCGUAGGAAAUUGGACCCCCGGCCGAAAGAGAAAGAAAAAGGCUCUGAUAUCGAAAAUUGUAAAUUUCAAGGAACUAAUAGGUAAUUUUAACCUUGCUGUAGCGUGCCGAAAUUUACAGCUUACUUUUAUAAUCAAUAGUGAAUUUAUACUUUUUUAAUCAAAUCCAAUCGUAUUUCUAGAUGUUUCGUGGUAUUCGAUGCACCUGGUUCAAUGUCAGUACAUUCAUAGAUAUUAAUUUAAAUUAUAUAAGUAAAUCAUGAAACUUGAUAACCACAGUUUACCAAAGUGAGAUUACUAGAACUACGAAAUUAGUGUAAAUAUUAAGACGUUUACUUUUAAUUAACUGUGUAUUUUUUUUCUUUCUUUCUUAAUAUCGUACAAACUAUUGUAAGCUAUUCUCAUUUUCGAUUAUUUAUUGAAACAUAUUUAGUGGAAUUAUGUAUUAUAUUGUGAAAUAUUGUUGCAUUUGCCUCGUUUUAGGUAAAAUUAUUUUAGGUAUUUGUGGUAAUUAGUUAUAUGUAUUUAUUUAACAAAUUUUGAAAUAAAUGUUUGUUUUCUGAAA